AUGGAGACAGAAUCACCAAUCCUUACACCAAAAAAGACUGCCAUCAGCAACGCAGCAGACAUUUCUGUCAUCUGCUUCUACUUCCUUGCGGUCAUUGGCACUGGCCUCUGGUCCAUGAGCCGGAUCAAUCGGGGGACGGUGGGGGGAUAUUUCUUGGCUGGAAGGAAUAUGGUGUGGUGGCCGAUUGGCGCCUCUCUCUUUGCCAGCAACAUCGGCAGCGGGCAUUUUGUGGGAUUGGCAGGCACCGGGGCAGCAAAUGGCCUGGCCGUGGCAGGAUUUGAGUGGAAUGCUAUAUUUAUUAUUCUCCUCCUUGGAUGGCUCUUUGUUCCGGUUUAUCUCUCCGCUGAGGUCAUCACAAUGCCCCAGUACUUAAAGAAGCGUUUCGGAGGCCAACGAAUCCGUCUCUAUCUGUCCAUCAUAUCUCUUUUCAUGUAUAUCUUCACCAAAAUAUCAGUGGACAUGUUUUCUGGCGCGGUGUUCAUCCAGCAAGCCUUGGGCUGGAAUAUUUACCUUUCUGUCAUAGCACUUCUGAUCAUAACCACCAUUUACACCACGACAGGUGGGUUGGCAGCCCUGAUGUACACCGACACAGUCCAGACCUUUGUCAUGAUUGGAGGCGCUUUCGUCCUCAUGGGGUUUGCCUUCAAUGAAGUUGGAGGUUAUCAAGGGUUGUUUGACAAAUAUAUGGAGGCUCUUCCCAAGCGGACACUUUCACCUAGCCCUGCCCUCUACAACAUCUCAUCUUCCUGCUACCUGCCCCGUGAAGACUCGUUCCACAUGAUCAGAGAUGCCACCACUAGUGAUCUGCCCUGGCCAGCUGUCAUUCUUGGUCUUUCCAUCAACUCUGUCUGGUAUUGGUGCAAUGACCAGGUCAUAGUGCAGAGGUGCCUGGCCGGGAAGAACCUGACCCAUGUCAAAGCUGGCUGCAUCCUUUGCGGGUACCUCAAACUACUGCCCAUGUUUCUCAUGGUUAUGCCUGGCAUGAUUAGUCGGAUUCUGUAUCCAGAUGAAGUAGCCUGCAUCAUUCCAGAUGAAUGCAAGCAAAUAUGUGGUACAGAAGUUGGGUGUUCCAACAUUGCCUAUCCAAAACUGGUUGUGUCUCUCAUGCCAAAUGGCCUCCGGGGACUUAUGCUAGCAGUUAUGCUGGCCGCACUCAUGAGUUCACUUGCCUCCAUCUUCAACAGCAGUGGCACCCUCUUCACCAUGGACAUCUACAAACGCUUGAGGCCACAAGCCAAUGACAAAGAGCUAUUGAUUGUGGGCCGGGUGUGGAUCUUGCUACUUGUGGGGGUCAGCAUUGCAUGGAUCCCUGUGGUACAAGCUGCACAGGGGGGGCAGCUCUUUGACUACAUGCAGUCCAUCAGCAGUUACCUGGCCCCACCCAUUGCUGCCAUUUUUCUCCUUGGAGUCUUUGUCCAAAGGCUUAGUGAGCAGGGUGCGUUCUGGGGCAUGAUGGGGGGACUCGCCAUAGGCAUGGCCCGAAUGAUCCCAGAAUUUGUCUAUGGGACCGGGAGCUGCCUCUUCCCAAGUAACUGCCCUCGUCUGAUCUGUGGGGUCCACUACCUUUAUUUCGCCAUCAUCCUAUUCUUGGCUACAGCUGCCAUUGCAAUGGGGGUCUCACUCUGCACAUCACCUAUUCCUGACAAACAUCUGCAUCGCCUGGUAUUCAGCCUCAGGCACAGUAAGGAGACACGGGUCGAUCUGGAUAUGGAGGAGGAGGAGGAGGAGGAAGCAACGCGGUGCCAGCAGCAAGCAAAGAAUGCAGCCACCAAGAAUGGAAGACUGGAGGCUGUCCUAGAGGUGGAUGACCCCAAAGCAAUGACCUCCUUUGGCCGACUACGCCAAGGCCUGGCCUGGUGUUGCGGGAUGAGCUCUGACAGCCCAGAGGAGCCAGAACUGAGCCCAGAAGAGAGGGACAAGGACUUCCAGAAUCUGGCGGGUAUCACAGAGCACCCGCUCUGGAGGCAGGCGGUCAACAUCAAUGCCGUGAUCAUGAUGGCCCUAGCCGUAUUCAUGUGGGGCUACUAUGCCUGAAGAUUGUCAGCCACAGCAGCUCGAUAGAAUACGUUGCUCACCAACCCCUCCAGGUACAUCACAUCAACCCA